UCAUCACCCCACCCCCACACCUCACCGCCCAGCAUGGCCGACACGCUGCCCGACGACCACUACCGCAUCACAUACGAGGAGGUGCACGAGCACAUCUGCGGCGCGGCCAAGCGCAUCAAGGAUGAGUUCGACCCGGACGUCAUCCUGGCCGUCGCCGGCGGCGGCCUCUUCCCGGCGCGCGUGCUGCGCACCUUCCUCAAGCGGCCGUCGCUCAUCGACCCGGCCAAGAUGCGCAACGUGCCCAUCUCCGUCGUCUCGCUGGCGCUGUACGAGGAGUCGGCCGCCAGCACGGCAGGCACGCUGGGCAAGGAGGUGGUGCGCACGCAGUGGCUCGACGCCAAGGCGAUCCGGGGCGCGCGCGGCGUUGAGGAGGGCAAGGGAGAGGGACUGCUGGGCAAGAACAUCCUGAUCGUGGAUGAGGUCGACGACAGCCGCACGACGCUGCAGUACGCAUACAACGAGCUGUCGAAGGACGUGCGCACGGCGCUCGCCGCCCUCACGCCCGAGGAGCGCGCCGCGCUCCCGCCGACGCGCUUCGGCAUCUUUGUGGUGAACAACAAGGAGCGGACAAAGAAGGGCGCGCUGCCCAUCUACCCCGCCGACACGACGCGCGCCAACGAGCCCAUCACCGAGUCGGGCAUCGGCGAGGGCUGCUUCUACUGGGCGGCCAAGACGACGGCGGACCUGUGGAUCGAGUAUCCCUGGGAGCAGGAGGACAUCCUCGAGCACAACCGGUUGGCCGCGCUGGCCAAGAAGCUCGGCGCCAACCAGGGCAACUGAGGCAGGGCCAGAGGAGAGGCGGCACAAUAUCCAUAGAUCAUCUAGCAUCGAUCGCGUCACUAUGUACAGAGCAGCUGUGGCCGCAGCAGCAGCGGCCAGACGGCAGCGGGCAAGGGGGUACUAUUAGGUGCUGUGUCUCAAGCCGGAGGCCGCAGAGCAUGUCACUACUGCAGCAGCGCCUACUGCGCCUUCUUGCUCUCGAGUAGCGCACCCUUGGCGUUCUUCGUCGGCGGCUUCGUCGGCCACGAGAGGCCCUUGGCGGCCGCCUCCUUCUUCUGCUCGGCCUGGCGCGCGCGGUAGCGCUUGUAGCUGAGGUCCGUGCCCAUCAGGUGGUCCCACCAGCGGAAGCUCGUCGAGUAGCAGCCGACGAAGGCCAUGUGGUGGUGGUCGUGGUGGUCGGCGCCGGCCCAGAAGGGCAUC